AUGGCCUCCCAUCGUAAGAGCUUCUCUACCAACCGGGACCCUGACGACCCGAACCACAACGACUAUGAACGCUCCGUCACAGUAGUCCACCUGCCCAAGGGCCAGAUCACGGCCUCUAGUCCCGGCUCCUUCUUCGGCUCGCCCCCAUACACCUGGUCCUCGGGCAACCUGGCGGCCCUCGCUGGUGGCAACAGCCGUAGCACCAACCGCUUCCUGCAACCCUCGACGCUCCAGCUGCUCCACGGCAUCGGCAUCAUCGAGCUCCUCGAAGACGACGAGCGUCCGACCUUCAUCCUCGACCUAUCCGACCCCUCCUACCUCGCCCCCGGCCCGCUGCGCAUCAUCUACGCAAAUGCUGCUCUCCGCCUCAACCCUGCUGUCCUAAAGCUCCUGCAGCUCGACACCCUCGACCCAGCCGGCCACAGCGCCGGCUUCUCAGACUUCAAGGACUGGGCCCUGCUCUAUCCUCGCGACAAGACCGGCCGCGACCCGUCCUUGCCCGCCGCCCCCCAGCCCCCUCCCGCCCCUCCCGCCACAUUAUCCUACGCCGGUCUGUACUGGACCUGCUCGACCAUCCGUCGCCGCUUCCGAAUCAUCCGAGGCUACCACUCCCCGAUCCACAUCGUCCCUCCGACCCCGAGCUCUAACUCCGCCGCCCAGCCCUCCGCCGGCAUCGUAGCCGACCAUCUCAAGCCGCCACAUCCGCGCCCACUCCGAGCCCCGCGUGCGCAUCGACCCCUCUACCCCCGCCACAACCGUACCCCCCGUCCCCACUCCCCCAACAACAUCAACAACAACAACAACAACAACAACAACAACAACAACAACAACAACGACGACGACGACGACGACGACGACGACGACGACGACGACGACGACGACGACGAUGACGACGACGACGACGACGACGAUGACGACGACGACGACGACGACGACGACGACGACGACGACGACUCUGGCGUAGUCCAGCCCUACGAAGACCCCACCCUCUGCCCGCCCCCGCCGUCGGGAGAGUUAAGGGUUACGUUCGACUGGACGCAGAUCCCGCUUGACGACCCGGACCUGCCGCAACACCACCGCUUCGCUCGCUCUAUCGACUGGGCGUCUACCCCCAUCGGCCCGAUCGAGUCCUGGCCGUUUGAGCUGCGCAUCUUGUCGACCAUGAUCAUGGGCUCCCCACACCCGGCUGCCCUCUACUGGGGCCCGGAGUUCGUAGCCAUCUACAACGAGGCCUACAUCGCACUCGCGGGACAGAAGCAUCCCAAGCUCAUGGGCAGCCGGUACCAGGACGUCUGGCCGGAGAUAUGGGAGGGCGUGAUGGAGCCCGUGUUCGAAGGGGCGUGGAACAAGGGUUGCGCGACGAUGAAGCAUGACGAUGUGCUGUUUAUCAGGAGGCACGGGUUUCUGGAGGAGACGUUCUUUAGCUGGGCGGUGAUUCCGCUCGUGGGAGGAGAUGGGUCUGUCGUGGCGCUGUAUAACCCCGCGUUCGAUAAUACUAGGAGGAGGAUUAGCGAGCGGAGGAUGCUCAUGCUCCGGGAGGUUGGGAUCAGGACGAGCCAGGCGAGGGACGUGAAAGGAUUCUGGGCCGAAUUGAGGGCUGCGCUGGAGUAUAACGAGUUUGAUGUCCCGUUUGCGCUGAUCUAUUCUGUGGGCGAGGAGAGCGAGAGCGAGGCGUCGUCGAUGCAUUCCGGCUCGCUUGCCAACCCGCCGCAGAUCUUCCUGGAGGGAUCGAUCGGCGUGCCGGAGGGACAUCCCUGCGCGGUACCGUUUCUCGAUCUUAGGUCGAGUGAAGAGGGGUUUGCGCCGUGGAUGCGGCAGAGUAUGGGGUCGCCUUUGGCGGGGCACGUCGUGCUGAGUGCGGAUGACGGGUCUCUGCCGGAGGAGCUCGUGCGCGGGCUGAGCUCCCACCGCGGGUUCCGCGACCCGUGCCGGACGGUUGUGGUCUUCCCGGUGCAUCCUACCACGGCGGGCGACUCGGUCGUGGGGUUCAUCGUGCUGGGGAUCAACCCCCGCCGGCCGUAUGACAGCGACUAUCAGCUGUUUGUCAGCUUGCUGUCACGACAGCUGGCGACGUCGCUCGCAUCGGUGGUGUUGUUCGAAGAGGAGAUCCGGCGCGGGCGGAAGGCUGCGCAGUUGGCCGCGCUGGACAGACAGCAGCUGUCGCUGCAGCUGCACCUGCGGACGCAGGAGGCUGUUGAGAGCGAGUACCGCUUCACAAGGAUGGCCGAGUUCGGCCCCGUCGGGCUGUUCAUUGCCGACGGGAAGGGCAACAUCAACUACUGCAACGAGAUGUGGUACAAGAUAUCGGGUCUGGGGCGCGAGGACGCAGCGGGGUCGACGCUCGAUGCCUUCCUGCAGAGUAUUCGCGACGAGGACCGGCAGGCGGCCGAGGCGGCGUGGCGGAGGGUUGUCGAGGAGAAGGUUGCCGUGACGCACGAGUUCCGGUUCAAGGGCUCGCGCGAGCUGAUGGACGGGCAUAAGGUCGACGUGUGGGUGCUGAUGAGCGCGUAUCCGGAGAAAGACGACUCGGGCGGGCUGAAGAGCAUUUUCGGAUGCAUCACCGACAUAUCCAAGCAGAAGUGGGCUGAAGACCUGCAGAAGCGCCGGCGUGACGAGGCGCUGGAGCUGAAGCGCCAGCAGGAGAACUUCAUUGAUAUCACCAGCCACGAGAUGCGCAACCCGCUCAGCGCCAUCCUCCAAUGCGCGGAUGAGAUCGCGAAUAGUCUCGCGUUCUUCCAGAAGCAGCAGGAACAGGAUCAGCAGCAUCAUGCCCCGCCGCAGCCCGAACGCUGCGCGAUCUUCCGGCCGUUGCUGGACCGCUGUAUCGAAGCUGCUUCCAUAAUCUCCCUCUGCGCAAACCACCAGAAGCGCAUCGUCGAUGAUAUCCUGACCCUCUCCAAGCUCGACUCCAAGCUCCUGCUCGUCACCCCCGUCGACGUGCAGCCCAUCGCCGUCGUGCAGGACGUCCUGCGCAUCCAUGAGCCCGAGCUCAAGUCGAACGAGAUCCACGCCUCCUUCGUCCUCGAGCCCUCGUACAAAGAGCUCAACAUCGACUGGGUCAAGCUCGACCCGUCCCGUCUGCGCCAGGUCCUGAUCAACCUGAUGACCAACGCAAUCAAGUUCACGCAGGGCAGGCCGGAACGGAAGAUUGUUGUCUCCCUGGGCGCGUCGGUCGGUGAUGCAGGGGAUUUGCCUCCCGCCGUGGACGUUGUGGACGGUGCGGCGGGGGAUUUGUUGGCGUAUGUGCCCCGCCAACAGCUCAAGCCUGAUGAGGCGGAGAGGGAUAUCACGGAUGACGCCGACUGGGCUGAUGGGGAGAAGAUUAAUUUGCAUCUCUCGGUUAGCGAUACGGGUGCUGGGCUAGAUGAUGAGGAGAAGGAGAUGUUGUUCCAGCGGUUUACGCAGGCGAGCCCGAGGACACACGUGCAGUAUGGCGGUUCGGGGCUGGGGUUGUUCAUCUGCAGGAUCUUGACUGAGUUGCAGGGCGGCAGGAUUGGCGUGAGGUCGAGGAAGGGCGAGGGAAGCACAACGCUCCUCAGCCAUGCUCGACACCCUCCCACGCACCAACAGCGCCGUAAUCGUCGACCCCCUCAACCUCCCCCUCCCCCUCUCCCUCAACCUCCUGAAGCCCCGCGCAUCUCAGUCCUCAUCGUCGAAGACAACAUCGUCAACCAGCGAGUCCUCAAGCGCGGCAUCGAGCUGGCCGGAAGCACUGUCUAUGUUGCCAACCACGGCGGUGAGGCGCUCGACACGCUCAAGAAGAGUAAGCACUGGCGGCGUGAGGAAGGGCCUGCGAUGGUGGCGGCAGCGGAAAGUUCCCAUCAGGCACAAGUGCAGGAAAUUAAGUCGCCACCGCCGCUCCCUCCUCUUCCGUCGCCGGGUGGGAUCCAAUUGCCGGGGCUGAAGCUGUGGGCUUCGAUGAAUGCUGCUGCGGCUGCGGUCAAUCCUAUAGCGGGGUUGAUAUCCAAUCCGACGACGCCGGCUGCUGAGGCCCCCCCGCCUACCGUUGCAGGCACUGGGGAUAGUCCGGAUGGUCUCGACAGUGACAGCGGCAGCAAUCCCACGCCGGAGUCUCCAAGCAACAAUAACCUCCAUUCGCUCUUCCUGGCGCAGGUCCAACUCCAACCUCCUUUCAACCUCAAACAGCCUCCUCCCCCAAAACACCCCUCACUAAUCGCAACAUCAACUAAAGCCCCAUCGACCUCCUCUUCCUCAACAUCCUCAACCGCACCGGCAAUCCCAACACCCAAGUCCGAACAACCCACUCCCCCACUUACCCUCUCAACCAAGAACCCAAACAAGGCUCAAAAUGGAGGCAAGCAACUCAAGAAAUCCAAAGACCCCAAGGAUAAGGAACCCCAGGGCCCAAUAGACAUUUCCAUUAUCCUCAUGGACCUCGAGAUGCCCGUCAUGGACGGUAUCUCCUGCACAAGGGAGAUCCGUCGGCUUGAGAAGGAGGGCAUCAUCACGAGGCAUAUCCCCAUUAUUGCGGUGACGGCGUACGCGAGGCCGGAGCAAAUCAAAGGGGCUAGAGAGGCGGGUGUGGAUGACUUCAUUUCCAAGCCAUUCCAGAUCGCGAAUCUGAUUCCAAAGGUCAAGGAGCUGGUGACGACGUAUAACAUGCUCGAGGGCCCCGCAUGA